AUGGGAGAUACACUAUCGUUUCAUUCAAGUCGAAAUAGUAUGGUUGAAUCGGGGUCACUCAAGUGUACAACUUCUAACUGUAGUUGUUUAAGCUCAGCGAGGCAAAAAAGCAGGAGUAGAUUGAACUUGAUGAGGUUCUUUCGUGGUAGUAGUAGCUAUAGUAAUAGUAAUAAUAAUAUUGUGAAUUUGAGUGGCAGUGAUAAUUGUGGUUAUUUAGUGGGCAAUGAGGGGAAGGAAUUUUUAGGAAUGCUAUUAUCGCCUAAACAUAGUGGAUCAAGCCAUGCAUCCUCGUACAAUAAUGAUGCUGCAAGUCGUAGUAGUGGUGGGAAUGGUAGGCAUUCACCAAACGACGUGUCUUCGCGAAUAAUGUUACCUCCUUUGCUUAACAAUCCGCAUGUUAAACAAGCUCAUGUACAUCAGCAGCAAAACCCAUAUAACUGUUAUGAUCUGCCACGUAGAGCUACGAAUUCAUCAGGGUCUGUAACGACUCUUGACACUGCUCCGCAUCCAAAACAACACCCAGCUCAAUAUCUACUCAAACAAAUUGAAUCUAUUCAAGAUAAAGAGGUGCAAAAACUGCAGCAGCAGCAGCGGAAGAUCCCUCCGAAGUUAGCUAAUAAUUCGGAGAAUCUGCUUUCUAAGAAAUCCUUAAGGCUAAAGCGAUUCUUUAAACUACAUCAGAGUUCUGGCACGCCUGAGAAAAACACAUCUUCGGUAUCACCUGAUGAGGUAUCACAAACGGGUCAUAAUGUUGAUGAUAUCACUGGAGUCCCUGCUAGUGCUGUAAUAACUGAUCGCAAUACAGUGCAGAUGACAUUAUAUGGUGCAGAGGAUGCCCGUCAGUUAAUCCGAAAAUAUGGGGUUCCUGGCAAGGUUCUCGGAGAAGGGGUAUCUGGCUCUGUAUCUGUAAUAAAGGGUAGUGAUGGCCAACUGUUUGCGGUCAAGCGCUUCAGAGCUCGUAACUCUCGGGAAACCCUGAAAAGUUAUUCACGGAAAGUUACAUCUGAGUUUUGCAUUGGCUCAACAUUACGUCACCAAAAUGUAAUAGAGACGUUGGAUAUGUUUCAAGAGGGGGAGCUGUUCCUGGUAGUAAUGGAAUAUUGUCCAUAUGACUUUUUCACAUUGGUUAUGAGCGAUCUCAUGGAUGAAUAUGAGGUUUCUUGCUAUUUCAAACAAAUCUGUAGCGGUGUUCAUUAUUUGCAUUCUCAAGGUUUGGCACAUAGGGAUUUAAAGCUGGAUAAUUGCGUUGUGACUUCCACAGGUAUAUUGAAGUUGAUUGAUUUUGGUAGUUCCGUAAUAUUUCAAUAUAGCUAUGGAGAUAAGAUUGAACUUUCGAAGGGGAUUGUGGGCAGUGAUCCAUACUUGGCUCCGGAGCUGCUAACCCAAGUUUACUACGAUCCAAGGCCGGUUGAUGUUUGGUCAGUGGCUGUUAUGUAUUAUUGUAUGAUUCUUCGGAGAUUCCCAUGGAAAAAGCCAAGUAGAGAUGUGCCGUCCUUUAACUUAUUCUGUCAAGACCCCGAAGACGAAGCAGACUACAGUAGAGGUCCUUAUAGACUUCUGAAAUUGCUACCCCAACAGUCCAGACCAUUGAUUGGUAAGAUGUUGGAGUUAGAUAUAAACAAGAGAUUGUCAAUUGAGGAGGUUGUGAAAGACCAGUGGCUUCAGUCCAUCGAGGUAUGUGACGCCAAUGAUUAUCCAUCGGUUUCACCAAAGACGCAUUUGCAUCAUUUAAUAACAGACGAUGAAUUGAAACAAUUGAACGAGCAACGUAAGGAAGAGAAACAACAGAGGAAAAAUGAUGACAGUUCUAACAAUUCUUCCGGAAUAGAUGAAAAUUAA